GUUCGUUUCUUAUUUGCAUCCCUUGCUUCUUUGCUUCCCUUUCUCGACUCUCUUUUCUAAAUCUUCUUUCUUUUCUUCCACCAGCCCUCAUGCCCACGUGGGCCAUUUAAAGCCAAGCAAAACAGCCCGAGGCCAUCAUGGCCGACGAACGAACCACGCAGGAAUCCCCCCCGACAUGGUCGGAUUCGGACAGUGCUCCUCCCGCCAUUGCUGAGAAGAAACGCCGGUUACCCCCGUUUCUGGACCAUUUCAAUGGUCGCGAUCUCAAGAUCUUCUUUCGAUGCUGGGUCGCCGUCUGGGUGGCUUGUUUGUUGAUCUUCAUCCAUCCCUCGCUGGAAAGCAUCGGCACUGCAACCUUUUUCGCAGCUCUCGUAUUAUUGUUUCUACCUCCAUCCGGAAUCGUAUUCGUCUAUCUUUUGGGUGCGCUGUCCUUGUUCAUCGGUAUCUGUCUGGCUUGGGCAUGGGGCGUCAUCACCAUGAAGGCUGCUCAGGCAGCUAGACCAGCGGCCGAAACGCAGGCUAAAGUGGCCGCCCUGCAGCAGACGGCUGUGUCACAGGCCCAGAACUCGACCUACUCCGCUACUGAAAUAGCGCAGCGAUUGGUUUACGAAGGGUACAUGCUAGAUGCGCGCGUCACUGCCGUGACCUUUUGCCUCAUCUGCACUUUUGUUUAUUUCAUGGCGCGUCUUCGGGCCAGCAAUCCCAAAGCAACUUUGACGGCUAUAUUUGGCAUUAUCAUCUCGGAUCUUUUCCUGAACUACACUCCACUUCUACCCUCUUUCUCAGGAACCUUACCCCUAACUCUCGUCAAACCUGCCGCAAUUGGGGUCGGGCUCGGUCUAGCGUGCUCAAUCCUCUUCUUUCCUCAAUCGACAUCGCAUGUGGUUUUGGAUAGUAUGGAGGAUAUCGUCCGACUCCUCCAAGUUCCACUAGCAAUGACAGCAAAUACACUCUGCAAGAAGGAAGAACAACCGAAUCCCGACGAUCUGCGCAUGACACAGGGUGGGAUCAUCCAGAAAUAUAAAAGCAUGGAACCAUCCUUAGCGUUCCUGCCUCUGGACUUUUCUGUAGGCUGUUGGGGGGCUGAAGAUGUUGCCUCCUUCCAGGGCCAUUUGCGAGACGUACUUGUUGCAGUUUUAUCCCUUCUCGACUUUCACAUUGGCCGGAUCGUGGGAGAGGCUCGCACGCAGGAUGUGCUGCGUAAGUAUGUUGAUAAGACUCCGGACGAGGAUGAGAAACAUACGCGCGAGGUUGGCGCGCAUCAGCUCACACAGCUUGCACAACUGCUGGAUGGAUUCCGCAGCCCGGACAGCCACCCGCUGCGCAAGGAGGUCGUCCAAGAGCUAGUCAAGACAAGCGCGACCGCCAUAGAUGCCUGUGCAGAGGGGCUGAGCGUCGUGCAAGAGUGUAUUCACCUGGUGAAUUGUCGGCGCUGGUUCAAAAGGCCAUCCCAGGCUGAGCGCGAGCAGCUACAGCAACGCUGUGAGAAGGCACUUGAGGCAUUAAACAAGGCCCGUUCGGUCUUUAUCAAUGAAAUGAGCGACAUCCUGAUCAGACAACACGAAAAACAGACACUUGACGAAGCCCAUCACUUCCGGCCACUCAUGUUCGUUUUAGUCUUCGAGGAGCACAUUUCCAACACCGUGCAGAAGACCGAGGCACUGCUCGCGCGGGUAUCUACGGUCUUCCAAGAAUCAACUAAGAUCCGCGUAUACCUGCCAACCCGGUUCAGAUACGCCGCAUCAUGGGCCUCGUCGAAUGAGGUCAAGGCACCAGGGUCCGAGGGUACCGAAGACGAUCCGGAUCGCGUCAGCGCCGACGACGUUACCAAAGCAGCACAAGAGAAGCUGCGUGUUACCCGCGGAUUCCGCACGAAGCCACGCCCUCCUCUCAGUCGAGCCAUCCUGGGAACCUACCACUGGUUUACCUGCGAUGAAGGCCUGUAUGCCAUACGUAUGGUUGUCGUCACGAUCGCCCUGGGCAUUCCGGGCGUGAUCCCUCACAGUGCGGGUUUCUACUACCGUGCGAAGGGACUUUGGGCGCUGAUUAUGGGGCAGACGGGUCUGCUCGUGUACAUGGCGGAUUUUACCUUCUCCUUGAUCGCAAGAGUCAUUGGAACCGUCAUCGGCGGAGUUUUGGGGCUGCUGGCUUGGUAUAUUGGCUCCGCAAAUGGUCCGGGCAAUCCGUAUGGGCUGUCUGCUAUCACCGCCGCAAUCCUAGUCAUCCUUGUCUGGAUUAGACUAUAUCUGCCGCCGGCCCUGAUGCAGGGAGGUAUCAUCGGUGGAGCCACAUUUCUGCUAGUCAUCGCGUAUAGCUACGACGAUACCCACAUCCCCCAAUACGGCAACCCAGGAGUAGGCUACAACGUCUUCUGGCGACGUCUACUCCUCGUCCUCGUCGGCGUCGCCGCAUCCGCCAUCCUGCAAAUCCUCCCCCGGCCACCAUCGGCCUCCCGACACGUUUGUAAAACCCUCUCCCGCGCCAUGCGCACCCUAUCCACGCAUUACGCCCUCCUCCUCACCGUUUGGGCCCAAGACUCCACCGAAGGUAGGAGGCUCGCCGAACCUCUCUCCCUGCAACUCGCCGAAACCCUCGUCGCACUCGACGGACCCAUCAAACUCCUCGGGUUCGAGUUCUCCAGCUCGCGCUUCGACAGCGCCUCCCUCGCUAAAGUGAACUCCCUCUGCCGCAGCCUCAACCGCCAGCUCAGCCGCCUCCUACUCCUCUCUUCAUCCCUACCUCAGGAAUUCCAAGAGCAACUAGCCCGUCAGACGGGACUCCUGGACCACCGCCUCAUCGGCCAGGUCAUGGCGGUGAUGGGUCUCUGCGAACAGGCCCUGAAAACGGGCGACGCGUUACCGGAGAUCCUUCCGACGCCGUUGUUCAAGCAGGCAGUGGAUAAUUGGUCGAGAGGUCGGCAUGGUCAGGAAGAGCAGGUUAUUUCGGGUGAGAUGAUGCGCGAUGAAGGGUAUAGACGGUUCUGUGUUGCUGCGAGUGCGUACUUUGGGUUUUUGAUCACCGUAGAUGAGAUGGUGUUGGUCGUGAAGGGAGUGUUGGGAGAGGCGCAUUUGGUGGGUGGUUUGGGAAGUAGGGAAGGGGGGUGGUUGUUGGGGGAUGUGGAGGUGUGAAUGAAGAACCAGAUUUAUAAUAGAUUGGUGAUAG